AUAUUCAACAUGGCGGAAGUGGAGUUUUGGGAAAGUUAGCAUCGUUGGUUGCCUCCAAAUCGUGAAGUACAUCGCAAGAUGACGCGCUGGGUGCCCACCACUACUAGGAAAUAUGCCGUAGCUAUCUACAAUUACCAUGGAAAUGGGGAGACCAAGCUAGACCUGACUGUUGGAGACACACUGCAUAUACUGGAGGAGAAUGAUGGUUGGUUCAGAGGCUUCAAGCUGCGGAACAAGUCAGUCAAGGGAAUCUUCCCCACCAGCUAUGUGCACAUCAAGCAGGCAAUGGUGGAGAAUGCAGGGAAGUACAAUGAAACUGUGGCACCAAAGGAGCCUAAGGUGGUGCAAGAAAUGACAACAGUGCUGAGAGAAUGGGGAGUGAUAUGGAAACAGCUAUAUGUGGAUAGGGGAAACGAUCCCUCCAGUGUGCCUAAAGCUGGAAAGAGACACAGCAUGGACCUGUUUGAUACAGUCAGGAAGAUGAUGUAUGAGAUGAUUGACUGGCGAAGACAGAUCAUGUCGGGAACUCUUCCUGUGGAUGAACUCAAGGAGCUGCAACAGCUGGUCACCUCCAAGAUAGACUUUGGAAACAGGUUACUGGGGUUAGACCUGGUGGUGAGGGAUGAACAGGGAGGGAUCCUGGACCCUGAGACUACAGGAACCAUCAGCCUGUACAGAGCUCAUGAGACAGCCACUGAAAGAAUACAGAGAGAGAAGUCUAUGCAGGGUGUGCAGAGGUCCUCCCAGACCCAGGCCACCUCCCACAACCUGUACGUGGUGGUGAAGAACUUUGUGUGCAGGGUGGGGGAGGAUGCUGAUGUCUUCAUGGCGCUGUAUGAUGCCAAGGAAAACAGGUUCAUCAGUGAGAACUAUGUGGUGAGCUGGAGCCCACAGGGCAUGCCCAAGGACAUUGAGAUGCUGAACAACCUCAGGGCAAUCUUCACAGACCUUGGACAAUAUGAUCUCAGAAGAGAAAAGAUCUGUCUGCUGUGUCAGAUCAUCAGAGUAGGACGCAUGGACCUGAAAGAGGCAGACAACAAGAAGUUCACAAAUGGCUUAAGAAGACCAUUUGGGGUUGCAGUGAUGGACAUUACAGAUGUAGUAAAUGGCAAGAUGGAGUCAGAUAUUGAGAAACAACACUUCAUACCAUUCCAACAAGUUUCUGGGGACAAUGACUUUCUGGAGGGAGUUAUCAAGAAGGUGGUGUCUGCCAGGGGAGAGCUGAAUCACAAGGGACAAGGGUUGUGGGUUUCUAUGAAGAUGCUGGAUGGGGACAUCAAACAGGUCAGGAAAGAGUAUCCACAUCUGGUAGAUGGGAGGACAGCUGUUGCUAGGAAGAUGGGCUUUCCAGAAGUUAUCAUGCCUGGCGAUGUCAGGAAUGACAUGUACGUGACGCUGGUGUCAGGGGAGUUUGACAGAGGGACCAAAGCUCGUAACAAGAACGUUGAAGUGACGAUGUGCGUGUGUAAGGACGAUGGUUCUGUUGUACAGAAUGUGAUAUUCACUGGUGCUGGGGUUCCCCCUGUGAGCGAGUACAAGUCAGUGAUCUACUACCAGCAGAAGCAGCCGCGGUGGAUGGAGACGAUAAAGGUGGCCAUCCCCAUUGAGGACUUCUACGGCUCCCACCUCAAGUUUGCCUUCCGGCACAGGUCCUCCAUGGAAGAGAAAGAUCGUAAGGAGAAGAUUUUUGCCAUAGCAUAUGUGCAGCUAAUGAUGCAGGAAGGGACCACACUCAGGGAUGGCAAGCAUGACCUGGCAGUCUACAAGUGUGAGAGAUAUAAGCCAGACGAGGCCAAGGUUUACGUGAGUCUGCCUGCCCUGGACAGACAAGGUGUGACCAACAACAACAGCAAGUCCACCCUGCAUGCUGGAAACCUGACCCUCAGUAAGGACAGCUUCCAGAUCCAGACACUGGGCUGCUCCACCAAACUCACACAGAACGUUGAUCUGUUGGGUCUGCUGAAGUGGCGAGCAAACCCAGGUAACCUGAAAAACAGUCUGCUGUCACUCAUGAAGGUGUGCGAGGUCAGCGGAGAGGAGGUCGUCAAGUUCCUUCAAGAUGUCUUGGAUGCCCUGUUCAACAUUCUUAUGGAGAACCAAGACUCCGACCUGUAUGACAACCUGGUCUUUGAUGCACUGAUCGGUGUGAUUGGUCUGAUUGCUGACCGUAAGUUCCACCAGUUCCACCCUGUACUGGACACAUACAUCAGGGAGCAUUUCAGUGCCACACUGGCUUACAAUAAACUGAUGGUAGUCUUGAAGUACUACAUUGACAAUGCCAAUGAGCGGGAUAACCAUGAGUCUCUACUGAAGGCCAUGAAGUCUCUACAGUACAUCUUCAAGUUCAUUGUAAGGUCCAGAGUGCUCUACUCACAGUUGUAUGAAGGGAAAGGUAAGCAGCAGUUUGAAGCAGCAGUCCGACACCUGUUUCAGUCUCUGAACGGCAUGAUGACGUACACAUCUGACUCUACAGUAGGGGUGCAGAGAGUAAUCAAGGGGGCAGCACUGAGAUACGUUCCCACAGUCAUCCCUGAUGUAAUCACAGUGUUUGAUCCGAAAGAGCUAAGUCUCCUUCUCUGGACCUUUUGCAGCCACCUGUUUCCUGACUACAAUAAGUUACUUAGGAGAAAAAGCAAUAAAAGCCUCCUGCUAAAGGAUUUCAUCAACAACAUUCCCCCUGACCGGCUGGUGAAGCAGAAGGUUCAGUGUAUGAACAACAUCGUCCACAGUGACCUGUUCAGAUUAUCAGAGUGCAGAGGUAUCCUCCUGCCCAUGAUGAUGGCACAGUUGAAGAAGUUGAUUGAGAGGAAGGAAGAAAUGCCAGACUGUGUGAAGAUGCUGAGUGACGUGUUAGACCGCCUCAACAGGAAAGAUGUGGGCCCUAUCCAUGGGGACAUGGAGAUAGUGAUGAAGGAGAUACUAAGGACAGUGAUACAGACAGUAAUCUUCAUGGACAGGGAUGCACCACUUAUUGGUUCAUUUGUGGCAUGUAUGACGGGCAUCUUGCGUCAAAUGAAUGAGUUCCACUACCAGGCCUACAUCGAUGCCUUCCCCAGCAGAAGUGACCUGCUGGACUUCCUGAUGGAGAUCUUCAUGGUGUUCCGUGACCUGGUCAGCAAGAAUGUGUACCCAAGGGACUGGGUGGUCAUGACCAUGCACCAAAACCAUGUUGUCCUGACGGCCAUCAAGUAUUUCACCCAGACGCUUCACAAAUCCUUCCUGGAUGAGAACAAUUUUGAGUACCAGUGUCAGGAUAGGGAAGGGGACUGCCAGCCGUUUCUCGAUAAGCACAUGAUCAUGCUGUGGAACAAUUUCUUCCACCUGGCAGUGUCCUUCUUAACCCAGGAGUCACUGCAACUGGAGAACUUCUCUCAUGCCAAGAGGAUGAAGAUCAUCAACAAGUACCAGGACAUGAGGAGGGUGAUAGGGUUUGAAAUCCUGUCCAUGUGGUUCAACCUCGGUCAGCAUAAGAUCAAGUUCAUCCCAGAAAUGGUUGGCCCAAUGCUGGAGAUGACUUUGAUCCCGGAGACAAAGCUAAGAGAGCACACCAUCCCCAUCUUCUUUGACAUGAUGCAGUGUGAGUUUGCAACCAGGGGAAACUUCAACCAGGUGGAGAAUGAGAUCAUCACCCAGCUGGAUCACCUGGUGGAAGGUGGGCGUGGUGACGAUCAGUACAAGGAGCUGUUCUACAGGAUUAUCUCAGACCACUGCCAGAAGCACCGGUACCUGCGCCAGCGGGGCCUGUAUUUUGUAGACCUGGUGAACCGACUGCUGGAGAGACUGCUGGACUACAGGACCAUCAUGAACGAUGAGAACAGGGAGAACAGGAUGAGCUGCACUGUCAACCUUCUUAACUUCUACAAGGAGAUCAACAGACAGGAGAUGUACAUCAGAUAUCUGUACAAGUUAUGUGAUCUCCACCUGGAGUGUGACAACUACACGGAGGCAGCCUACACUCUCCUGCUGCAUGCCACACUACUCAAGUGGACAGAUGAGCCCCUCAUCACAACUCAUGACAAGUACCCGGAGGCACAGACACACAGACAGCUCAAGGAGAUGCUCUACUACGACAUCAUUGAGUACUUUGACAAGGGCAAGAUGUGGGAGGAGGGCAUCAGACUGUGUAAGGAGCUGGCUUCCCAGUACGAGAACGAGACUUUCGACUUCCUUAACCUCAGCCUCAUUCUGCAAAAGCAGGCCAUGUUCUAUGACAACAUCAUGAAGACCAUGAGACCAGACCCCGAGUACUUCAGGGUGGGGUACUUUGGACAGGGCUAUCCCAGUUUCCUCAGGAACAAGGUGUUCAUCUACAGAGGGAAGGAGUAUGAGCGACUGGGUGACUUCACCUCUCGCCUGCUCAGCCAGUUCCCCCAUGCACAGCCCAUCAACAAGGUCACUGCUCCCGGCCCAGAAAUCCUGGAGUCACCCAGCCAACAUCUGCAGAUUUUUAAGGUGGACCCAAUCCUGGAGGAAAGGAGGGAGUUCAGAGGAAAGCCUGUAGCUGACCAGAUUCUCAACUUCUACAAGGUCAACGAGGUUCAGAAGUUCACCUUUUCCAGACCAAUCAGAAAGGGUGACCGGGACAGUGACAACGAAUUUGCGAACAUGUUUCUGGAGAGAACUAACUAUGUGACAGCCUACAAACUUCCUGGUAUCCUCAGAUGGUUUGAAGUCACCUCAACAAACACAUUUGAAGUGAGCCCACUGGAGAACGCGUGUGAGAUCAUGGAGAACUCCAACACAGAGCUGAGACAUCUUAUCGAACAGCAGCGGGCGGACCCCACACUCACAGUCAACACACUCAGCCUUAGACUCAACGGCAUCAUUGAUGCUGCAGUCAUGGGGGGCACAGCGAACUAUGAGAAGGCAUUCUUCACAGAAGAGUACAUGGCAAGCCACCCUGAAGACCAUGCAAGAAUUGAGAGACUGAAGGACCUGAUUGCCUGUCAGAUCCCUCUGCUGGAGGCGGGGCUGAAGGUCCAUGCACAGAAAGCACCCGACUCUCUCAGGAAACUACAGGAGAAGAUGGACUCACUCUUCGUUGAUAUGAAGACCCGUGUUGAGUCUGAGUAUGGGAAGAAGCCUCCGAUGGACGAGACAACACGAUCCAGACCAAUGUCGUUGGUGUGGAUCACGAGGAACAAGCCUGUGGACCGACCAGUCUCCACUAUCUCUACCUCAUCAACCUCCUCUGAUGGGCUGAUCAACUCAAAGGACAGGCCUUCUACCCCAGAGACAGGCCUAGGUCCUCCUCAGCUGCCUCAGAAGUCAGUGCGGCACUCCAGCCAGCAGCAGGGCAAGAGCUCUCCAGUCAAGACCUGGGUCAGUAAAACCCGAGAAGCUGCGGCUGUGGAUGGACCUGUGGUGGAACUGAAGGAGACGUUGAAGCCAGCCCGGCCUAUGAGACCUGUCAGUCAGCCACGGAUUUCUCUUACAAAGCAGAACGGUGUGCCGGGCCCAGCCACCCCUCCUCCAAAGGUGAAUCGGGAUGUGAACCGGUCUGCAAGUCCUGCUGCAAGUGUGUCUUCGACAAGUUCGUCGUCCAGUGAUGUGCCGCCCCCACUGCCAGAGAAGAAAGCUUAUGCUGACUAUGGAAACAUCGCAGAAGAUGAGGAUGAACAGGGGUUACCACCUCCCCUGAGGGUUUCAUCCCUCCCCAAGAGCAAGAGCAAGCCAGUGCCACCUCUCCCCAUUAAAGAGGGCGUAGAUCCUUCCCAAACUCCACCUCUCCCCAAGAAACCCUCCCGCCACCCAUCAGGACAGCAACAGCAGUAGACAAACAGGCCAGGCAGCCCAGUCUGACAAUGGGCAGGAUGUACAGUGGUGCUAUCAGUAAAGACAGGCGACAUUGAGGACUAAGUCUUCCAGACUCACUUUGUCUCGGUGUAUAGGCAGAAACACUCUUCCAAAACUUGAACCAAUUUUUAUUGACAGUAUUGGAAAGGGUACAUGUAGUAUUUCAUACAUAGCUUGAGCAAUAGCUUUCACAGUUAGCUACAUGUACACAUAGACUUAUGAUAAUCAUAUUUACAGAUGACCCCAUCCUAAAGGCACCACAGCUGUGGUGGUCCUCUCAGAAUGGUAACAUCCAUGACAGGUUGUACAUACUAAACAGUUGUUGUGUAUAUUGUAUUGUGUACUGUAACUCUGCCCACAUGCAGAAGGACAGUUUGGUGUAUUGAUGAACAGAUUUUACAGUACUGUAGCAUUGUUUGUAAUGUUGAAUAUGUUGAACACUUACAAAAUGUAAGACGUUGCUUACCAUCCACAAGCAGAAAUGACUUUUUAUGUAGUGUCUUGUGAGGGAAGAAAUCAUGUGGUAUCUGAAUCAUGUAACAGUGCAGCUGUAGCAGAGAACUGGUUCUCCCAAAAUGUAAACAAUAUGGGGAAAAAACCUUCCUGUGAAAGAGUUUGUAAGAAUUGUGUGAAAAGAAUUCUGUGUUUAGUAAAGAACUUCAAAUGGUGAUAGCCAAAUCUAUAGGAAUCUCCUGAUAAUGUUAAAGUGUUGAAAUACACACAGUCUAAUUAUAACAAAUAGGCCAUAUCCAAAUGAUAAUGAAGUUGUUUAGAUUGAUACUGUCCCUUUGACACUUAGAAAGACUAUUUUGCAAAUAGAGAAAUCAUCUGACUGUGACAGAGCAUUUUAACCCACAACUUUGUGCCAUAAUUAGUUAUCAUGUGGGCACAGAGGAUCUACAUGUACAUGAAAGUAUUAGACGGACUUUUUAACUUCUCCUCUGCUGAAAAAAAACGAAAAUUUAGUGAAUGAACUGGCACACAGCAGGGAAGGCUGAAACAUGAUACUAGUAUUUACUGUCUCCUAGAUCCUCCUUUUUUGGCAUGACGUGUGCCAAACUCAAACUUGAGGGUUGCCAUGUUCAUGUUUGCCAUCCAAUUUGACCACUAUAUUGUAAGUUACAAAUUGGAACAUCUGAAAUAAGAAACUGGACAGUGGUUGUGUACAUGUGGGCAGAAUUUAGAACAGUUGGGAGUUGGGACUAUUGUUGUCAUUCCCAACAUUGGAUCAGGAGUUGAAGAAAGGAAAAUCAUGUAUAUGUGUAAAUAUGUUUGUUUCAAAACAGAGGUUUUCCCUUAAAACUCACAGUUUUGAAAUUCUAACAGUAGUAAAUAAAAAUUAGAUAAAAUACAUGUUUGAGCAGAACUCUAUAAUCUACUGAUAUGAUAAUUGUUACCAAGAAAGAUUUUAACGAAGAAGUUCCCUAACAUGUAUCUAAAAUUAUAGUGUUAACAUCUUCAUGCUUCAAAAAAUUGCCAAAUUUCCCUUAUGAUAUUACAGCAUUUGAUGAGAAUAAUGUCUUCAAAAAUUACACAACCCCUCAGCAAAGUCCUUCCCCAAACAUUUGUCAAUUGAAACAAGAUUGGCAAUUACAAUGUAAUAAGAAACUUAAAGCAUUAGUUUCAAAGAUGUAAACGUGUGCCAUGAAAUCUACAUGUAAAUGAGGUAGAUAGUCGUGGUAAUUUGUGCAGAUAACAACAUAGUUGAUAUGUCUAUGGAGUAGUCUAUGGGUAAGUGUACUAAGGAGGUACUAAUCUAUGUAGUAUUUUUGCAAUGUAGUGCUCUAAGAUAGUAAGAAUACAAUGUCUGUCAAUACUUUGAUUGCUAUGAUCUCAGCUCCAAAAGGGUUUUCUUUGUUCCCAUUUGAGAACGGUUGGCAACACAGUUUCCAUUUGUCUUUCAUAGAUAUUCUUGCUAUUGCACAGUUUGUAUCAACAUCUGUGGCCGGCAUUAAUCUAAUUCAAGAAGCAUGUUUCAUUUAUGAAAACAUUUAUGAAAACCAAUAGGAACUGAGAACAUUUUUUGUGUAAAUACAAUGGCAGGGAGCACUGUUACAUAGUGUUUCAGAUAGGUGUACAAUAUAGGCGUCAGAAGGUGGAUGUGAUAGAUUGUGUUCAGUCUUUUGACUAAUACAGUACUAGAUUUACCUGAUUUAGUCAAUUGAGGUCCCCAUUUCAUUAUGGAUCUCCAAUACUUGUCACACUUCCCUAUUCUCCCAAAUCCCAGUGAUAUAUUGACAAUAUUUUCUUCCUCUUUCACUUCCCUUUCCAAUUUAAUUGUAUCAGCUUAUUGAGGUCUCUCAAAUAUUUACUGUCCUUCCCUCUGUCAUCUUGAGCAUUAGAGUGACACAAACAGUAAUGUCUUGUUACCAUGCUUCAGCCCAGUUUGAUGGUAUGUUGGUAUUUCCAGAAUGCUGUGUUAAAGUCAGAGGCAUGAUGUAGAAUUUGACAGCUUUUCUAAUUUUAUAUUUCUCCACCAAUAGAUAAAUCAUAGACAUGUUAGGUAUGGAUAAUUUGUGCACAACCUCUCGUUAGUAUUGGAUGAAGGAUAAGUUGAAAAAGGUCCAUUGAUUUGACAAUUUUAUAUGUUUUGUUUUCUUUUAAUGAUUUUAAAAAAUGUACAUAAGAAUGCUGAUACUGGCUAAAUGCAAUAACAGAUCGAUUUUAUUUAUUGUUGUAUACAAAUAUGGUAAAAAAUGACUGCAGUAAGACCUUUCUAUGUCUCUGUCUUGAACACCCUGAUUGAAAUUUCUACUUUUCUGAAGACACAUGUUUUAAGAUGAAGAUUUGAAUCACAUUAGAUAGAACGUGUAGUACUCUUAACAAUUUUGUCUGGAAACUAACAUGGGUCUCAGAGUUGUUAGUACUGGAACAAUCUUUAACCAAAAGAGGGGACUCAAUGUUAUUGAUAGAUUCAGAAAAAACAAUAAAUGUUAGCCUAAGAUGUCAAGUACAUGAUGGCAGUGUUCCUGAAGGGUGUGUACUGUAUACUAUAGAUACUUGUCUUUAUGUUUCAGACAUGACUGUAUUUAUGUAAUGUCUUCUGUGUGAGGUGCUUUGUGCUUUUAACUGGAUUCAGAAUCAAUGAUGGUAAAGUAGCUUUGUUCCUAGUUAAUCAUCUAGCUAUACUAACAAGCGUCAUGGUGUUCUUGUGAUAGUGCAGGGCCUUUUGUUGAAGUUUCUUUGGACUCGUUUUUAUAUCUUCUUUUACUCCAGAGCAUUGGCAUUUUUGUUUGCAUGACAUAUUUUUAUGGGUAAAAUCCUACUUUUAAGGACUGUGGGCAGGAUCCUUUCAUUGUAUGCUUUGUAAUAUAGCUGUAUAAGAUGUAAGAAUGAUUAACUCCUCUUGGAACAUUUCAGUUAUUAUGAAAAGCAAUAAAACGGAUCAUGUAUUGUCAA